CCCGGAAGUAUGUUUCGGUGUGAUAGCCUAUCCCCUCUGUUUCAUGCCUCUUUUGUGUGUAUGUGUGUGUGGGGAGUGUUUUCAGAACUCAACUGGCUGUCAGAUGAGGAUAUCGGUUCAUUCCUUUAAGUUAUAGUUUUAUCAUUUUUAUGGCAUAUAGAUAGCAGAUACCACAGAGUGACAAUGCAGAUUCUCACUCCUCAUGUGUACUGGGCUCAGCGGCACGGAGAGAUUCUCCUCCGAGUUGAACUGAGCGAUACAAAGGAUCUUGACAUCAGCCUGCAAGAAAACAACACACUUCAGUUCAGAGCACAGGGCCAUGGAGCUAAAGGAGAUAAUGAAUACAAGUUCAGUUUGGAGUUCCUGGAACCUGUUAGACCUGAGAUCAACCAUAAGUCCACCCAGCGUCAGGUGGACAUCAAGAUCAAGAAGCAGGAGGAGCGCUGGUGGGACCGGCUGACACUGCAGGAAAAGAAGCCUCUGUUUUUGGCUCCAGAUUUUGAUCGCUGGCUGGACGAGUCCGACGCAGAGAUGGAGCUUCAGGCUAAGGAGGAGGAGAAAAUAAACAAGAUAAGUGUGGAGUCGAGAGUUCGUAAAGACCCAUACCUCGGGCUGAAGAAAGGCUACUUGUUUAUGUACAACCUGGUGCAGUUCUUGGGAUUCUCCUGGAUCUUUGUCAACAUGACGGUUCGACUCUUCAUUCUUGGUCAAGAUUCGUUCUAUGAUACUUUCCACACCACGGCUGAUAUGAUGUAUUUCUGUCAGAUGAUGGCCGUGCUCGAGGUCGUUAAUCCCUUGUUGGGUCUGGUUAAGACAGGAUUUCUCCCUGCUAUGCUACAGGUGACAGGGAGAAACGUCAUUCUGUUUGUUGUCUUUGGCAGUCUGGAAGAGAUGCAGAACAAACCUGUUGUCUUCUUUGUCUUCUACCUGUGGAGCACCAUUGAGAUCUUCAGGUACCCAUUCUACAUGCUGGCCUGUAUCAGCACAGAGUGGAAGCUGUUAACAUGGCUGAGAUACAGCCUCUGGAUCCCUCUGUACCCGCUGGGGACUGUGGCUGAAGCGGUGGCUGUGAUCCAGUCCCUGCCCAUCUUUGAUGAAACGCGUCUGUUCAGCCUUCGCCUUCCUGCGCUGCUGGGACACUCUAUAAGUUUCUCCUACACUCUGCAGCUCUACCUGGUCCUCAUGUUCCUGGGACUCUUCAUCAAUUUCCGCCACCUGUACAAGCAGAGGAGGAGACGAUACCGCUCGAGGAAAAGGAAAGUCCACUAACUCACCAGCACUUUUCUUUUCCACACGCCCUGAACUGCCGUCCACUCAAAGAUAAAGCAGCUGUUUUCUUUUCCUCUAAUUUUCUUUUUAUCAUAUUCACACACACACACACACACACACACACACACACACACACACAGACCUGAUAAUGGAGUACUGGUUACCUUAUUCCUCCGUGUGAACGGUUAAA